UUUUUCAAGCUGAGGCCAAACAGCUUUUGUAAUACAAGUGUUUCUUUUGCUCUCUUAGAUCUACUAAGGUUGGAGCUUAGUUUUUAGUGCUGUUAAAACCUAAAACUUGAGUGGUUUUGCUUGUUGUGUAUGUCACUUCUUGCUUCAAUGUCUCUAUCUAUCUUUCUUUUCUUAAUUUUGAUGUUAUAGGGUGUCUCUGUUUUUGUUUGCUAUAGUUUGUCAUAGGCAUCAGCUUCCUUAGUUUUGGACUCUAUAUUCAUUUUAUUUUUAAGAAUCCAAAUGGAUCCCAAUUCCCAAAUGAGUCUAGUUACAUUAGGUUUUAAAUAGGUUUAAUGCUUAGUUUUCCCAAACCACCAAAUCGGGCAUUAAAGUGAGUUGUUGUUAGAAUGAUUAGGGUAGCAUCAUUAUUCUAUCAAGCCAUACAAGUUCAUUGCUAGUUAUAGCAGUGAUAUUUCUUAAAUUAUAGGUGAUGCAAGUCACGAAUGUGUUCAACCUGAAAGUGAUCGAAGGACAAAAUAGAGGUAACAAUAUCUUACAUUGAACCACAGACAUGCAACUUUCAAUUGAAAGAAUCAGUUCCAGAUAAAAUUAAAUUCUAAACAAGGUUUUAGGAAGUUUGCAGUAAGCUUUAUUGAGCUGUCUUGUGGUUCUUUCUCUGUGUUCUGGUUCUAUUUAAGUGUUGUCUGGUGUCUUGAUUUUAAGAAUUCUGGAAUUUGAAAUACUGUCUUCUUGCUUGAUAAAACUAUUCAGGGAAGAGAGAAUGUUGCAAUGGGCUGCGAAGAUUCUUGCCAACUUAAUUGUAAUGGGCUCAGGUAUAUUGGCUCGGGCCGUUGUUCAGGCAUACCGUCAAGCACUUUCAAAUGCCGCCAAAUCUGGUGUUACCCAUGAGACACUACAAAACGCAGUCCGUAGAGGUGGCAAAGUCAUGACCGAGCAAGAGGCCAGGCUGAUUCUUGGUGUAAGCGAGGAGACUGCUUGGGAGGAGAUAUUAAAGAAGUAUGAAAUUUUAUUUGAGAAGAAUGCCAAGAAUGGGAGCUUCUACCUUCAGUCAAAGGUUCAUAGGGCUAAGGAGUGCUUAGAAUCUGUCUAUCAAGGCAAAGCAGAGGGCAGUCCUCCGAGUUGAGAACUCAUCAAGGUUAGCUCAUUGUACAUUGGGAUGCCUGCCUGAAUACUAAUUCUAGUCUAACGCAAAUACUUGCUGCAAUUUUGUGUCCUAAGUUCUCAAUGUUGAAUUGGUUGAGUGGUUGCAAAUAAUAACUUAAGGUUUCUUAAA